CGUCAGUUUUGCUCGUCAGUUUUGCAAGUAAUUUACUGCGCGAUACAGGAAAAUGAGCCGCAAAAUCACUGAUAUUGUGGUGCACGAUGUAAGAUUUCCGACAUCAGUGCGGCAUGAGGGAUCAGGCGAUUCAAUGCUUGAUCGCGUCGACCAUUCUUGCACGUAUGUAAUACUCGACACAGUCGACAACACUGACACCACGAAAUAUCAAGGAUAUGGCAUUGCAGCCACUCUGGGAAGAGGAAAUGAAUUAGUGGUGCAAACGUGCAAGCUCAUGUUCGAACUCCGAGUGAAGAAUCGAACGACCGAGGAGAUCUAUUCGGAUUUUGCAAAAUUUUGGAGAGAGUUAACGACCGAUGUGGAAUUACGAUGGCUAGGACCGGAAUGCGGUGUGGUACACCUAGCUACGGCAGCAAUCGUGAACGCAUUGUGGGACCUGUGGGCACGUAUCGAGGGUAAACCUGUUUGGAAGCUGCUUGCGGACAUGACCCCCGAACAGCUUGUUUCCACGGUGGAUUUUAGAUACAUUACAGACGUGGUGACCAAGGAGGAAGCGAUACAAAUGCUCAAGGAGAAUCAGGAUAAAGAGAAAAAGGAGAAGACCCUACGAAGCGAAGGGUAUCCGACGUAUACGUCUGAUGUUGGACGGUAUACUUUGCGCAAACAACAAGUUAGAAGUGCCUGCAGCAAAUUCAAGAAACUCGACUUUACGAGUUUCAAGACUAUCGUGGGUCCCCAAGUCCCCGAGAGCGAGUAUAGGUGUAACGUGAUACGCAGCGUGGUAGGCCGUAAAGUGAGAUUGAUGGUGGACGCGAGUCAAAUCUGCGAAAGCGCAAACGAGGCGAUAACUGUUGUGAAAGGUAUCAAGAAAACUCGUCCCUAUUGCAUAGAAGAUCCGACGUCUGCCGACGAUGCCCUAGAACAUUCCACAAUACUAAAUGAGUUAAAAACGCUUGAGGUGAAAGUGACCUGCGGUAAAACGUGCACAAACCGCGUCAUGUUCAAGCAAUUCUUGAAAAUUGGCGAUACCGAUUUCUGGAGUAUUAACGUAGGGAGGCUCGGCGGGGUUAACGAAGCUCUGGCUGUAUAUUUUAUGGCGAGGAAGCAUAAUAAACCGGUAUGGGGUCAUGCUGGUGGAGUGGGCUUGGGCGAGAUGAUUCAACAUCUCCAAAUAUGGAACCAUAUUUGCUUAGGUGCACGCACGGGCACGGACACCGAUGGUAUGAUAGAAUUUGUCAGUCAUCAGCACGGAUACUUUGUGGAUCCUGUAUUCAUUAGAAACGCUCAUUACCUACUGCCUCAACGUCCUGGAUUUUCAACUCAACUUAAGAACAAAUGCAUUACACGGUGGUCUUAUCCAGGAGGUACACGAUGGAAAUUUAUAAUUCAAAAAAAGAAAGAAGAAAAAGAAAAAGAAAAGCAAAAGAAAAAGAAACGAACUUAAAUAUCAACAUUAUUGAUAAUAGUAUGAAAAUAUUUGCUUUGCCGACAUAGCUAGGUAUGGAAUUUUUUGAUAAAAACGAUAUAUGAAACGAGCGCAUAUUUUCUGAUUAAAAUACUGUAAAAUGCAUUCAUUCUGAAAUAUAUACUUAAUAUUCAAAAUUGUGUAGCACUAUCCUAUA